AAUGUAAUUGACCCAAAAGCCAACUGGGUAUCCCAUUUCUCUCAACAACAACAAGAAAAAGAACACAUAGAAACAAAUUUCAUAGCUCUCCUUUGCCAUUAAAACACAGAGAAGAUUCACUAAAACAACUUCAAUUACACAGACCUUUACUUAUCCCACACUCCAGAUUAAGGUGAUCUACUACUGCUGCAAAUAAUAAGUUCAAAUUGUCUUCAAAAAUUCAUGCUCGGGAUCUUGGAGUCGACUAUUUUUCCUUGUCUGAUGCAUAAUAACAUGCAGCUUUAUGCAAUUAUAAUCAAGCAGAGUGAACCAAUAUAAUUGACAAGGAUACCACAUCCUCUUAUUCAGAGAAAGCAAGUAAAUCGAUAGCUACUUUUAGAUGCAAACUUCUCAGAAGCAUCGAAAUUCGGCUGGUAUUCACAGUUUUUACCAUCAUCCACAAGAAAUUGAUCAAUAUGGUUUAUCUCAUAUACAAAUUUUAGACAACAGUACAUUAUCAGAUGGUGGCAGCCAAGGUACCAGCGUCUCCUUUCAAACCGUCAAAGAAGAAUAUUUUACCUUGGAAUCAUCCUCAGCCACUGCAGGUUUUGUUGGUUAUGAUUCGCCGGCUGCCAGUGUCUCCUCCAACAGAAGUCCCUUUUCACCUCAAGGCUCACAUUCAUGCCUGUCAGAUCAGCAUCACUCUCCUUGCAAUACUUAUGGAUCUCCAAUGAGUGGAUCUUCAUCUGCCGAUGAUGAUAAUAUAUUGAUGAGGCAGAAAUUGAGGGAACUGGAAUUUUUGUUAUUGGGAUCAGAAUCCAACAUUUCAAACAAUGACGAUUUCUGUUUCCACCAAACUGAUCAGUUAGGUGGAUGGGACUGGGCCCAAAUGCAGGAAAUGAUCCCUAGGUUGGAUUUAAGGCAGAUGUUGUUUGCUUGUGCUCAAGCCGUUGCGGAUGGUGACAUUCCUAGAGCAGCAGGUUUAAUGACUGUGUUGGAGCAAAUGGUAUCCGUCUCUGGAGAUCCGAUACAAAGGUUAGGAGCUUAUAUGUUGGAAGGGCUUAGAGCUAGGUUAGAACUGUCGGGGAGUAAAAUCUACAGAGCUUUGAAGUGUGAAGCACCAGUGAGCUCAGAUUUGAUGACAUACAUGGGAAUUCUUUAUAAGAUUUGUCCGUACUGGAGAUUUGCUUAUACCUCCGCCAAUGCUGUCAUAAGGGAAGCUGUGGAAUAUGAGCCGAGAAUUCAUAUAAUUGAUUUUCAGAUUGCUCAGGGUACCCAGUGGAUUUAUCUAAUACAGGCACUUGCAGAUCGGCCAGGUGGUCCGCCAUCUAUUCGGAUAACUGGUGUUGAUGAUCCCCAAUCAGCUUAUGCUCGUGGUGGAGGACUGGAUAUUGUGCGGAAAAGGUUAUCAAACUUUGCUCAGUCGAAGAAUGUGCUGUUCCAUUUCCAUGAUGCUGCCAUGUCUGGCUGCGAGGUUCACCUUGAACAUCUUGGCGUGCAACCCGGGGAAGCUGUUGUAGUGAAUUUUCCAUAUAUAUUGCACCACAUGCCAGAUGAAAGUGUGAGCACUUGGAAUCACAGAGAUCGACUGCUAAGGCUGACAAAGAGCUUGUCUCCGAAGGUUGUGACCAUCGUGGAGCAAGAAUCCAACACUAAUACCAAACCGUUCCUUCCACGGUUUAAGGAAACGCUAGCAUAUUACAGUGCAAUGUUUGAAUCAAUUGAUGCUGGUUCCUCCCGGGCUGACAAGCAAAGAAUAAAUGCAGAGCAGCACUGUGUGGCUCGGGACAUUGUUAAUAUGAUAGCUUGUGAGGGAGCUGAGAGAGUUGAACGCCAUGAACUCUUCGGGAAAUGGAGGUCGCGCCUUAUGAUGGCUGGAUUUACUCAGUACCGGCUAAGUUCGCAGGUGACAGAAGCGGUGAGAAAUGUGCUAAAGGAAUAUGAUAGGAAUUAUGGAGUGGAAGAGAAGGAUGGAGGUGUAUAUUUAUGGUGGAUGAACACGGCCAUGUCGUCGUCCUCUGCUUGGAGAUGAGAAGCUGCCAAUUCCAUAUAACUUGUGUAGAUUUUGGUGUUUAACUGUUUGUGGUGUCGCAUUUAGAGCAAUGAUGUAUGUAGUCAUGUUUGCACAUGUUCAACUGUAGAACUGAAAAUAGCUCGUUUUUCAGAUACUAGACUGUCAAAGAAACAAACUAUAAGAUUUCACUCUUAAGAUAA